AUGUCCGAAGUCGCCUUCAUCAAAUCCUUCCUCUCAUCGCUCGACUCCCGUCCCAUCAAGCUCCGAGCAGACUAUGUCCUCGACGAAGAGCGAGUCGGACCUCGCGUCCCUUACCUCCUCCCCCGCCUCAGCGCCCCGCACCCCGAAAUGCCCAAGAAAGUGCAACGGACGCAAGCCCCGGGCUCCUCGAAAUCCAUAACCGUACACGUAAAGAGCGCACGCAACCCCGCAUUCGAAUUCACCCUGCCCAACGCACCCAUCACCACGACCUCAGUGCAGGACCUCAAAGACGCAGUUCAGGAACGGGUGGUUGACGCACAGGACGGAAAGGUGUCAUUGGAGAAGAUCAAGAUUCUGUAUAAGCGGAAGCCGGUGACGGGGAAGACGAUUGCGGAGUUGUUGGCUGAUGAGCCGGAGAUGUUGGCUGGAGGCAAGGCGGUGGAGUUUGGGGUGAUGAUUAUGGGAGGGGCGAAGGUUGUGGAGGGUGGUGAGGGAGAUGGGAAUGCUACUGCUGCCGCUGCUGCUGGUGCUGCUGGUGCGCCUAAGGCGGCGGUUGGGCCGAGUGGGGAGGAGGUGUUGAGGACAGAGGCGUUUUGGGAUGAUUUGCAGGGGUUCUUGGAGCAGAGGUUGAAGGAUAGUGAGGAGGCGAGGAGGUUGAGGGGGGUGUUCAAGGGGGCUUGGGAGAAGCAAUGA